AUGGGUCAUAGCUUAAACAAGAAGCCCAUCGCGGUUAUGGUCUGUUUUCCUGCUCAAGGCCACAUAAAUCCCAUGUUUCAGCUGGCCAAGAAGCUUGCAGUCGAGGAGGGAUUUUCUAUUGUGUUUGUUAACACAGACUAUCAACACCAACGCAUGGUUGCAGCUAAUAGCCACCAAAAAUCGAACUUAGUGACAGAGGCAAAAGAAAUCGGUAUUCGCUUACUUUCAAUCUCUGAUGGACUAGAUCUCCAUGAGAGUCGAAAUCAGUUUUCCAAGAUGACGAGUUCAAUGGAGAGCACCUGUGGGCCUUUACUGUGUAAAUUGAUUGAUGAGAUCCAAGAGGAGGAGGGGCUGGAUGUUACCUGCUUGAUUGUAGACUUUAUUUCGGCUUCUUGGGUAUUAGAAGCAACAAAGCACUUGGAUGUAUCAAGAGGUGUCUUUUGGGCAGCGCUCAAUGCCACGUACUCUACCUUCUAUCAUGCUCCAAGUCUCAUCUCUUCCGGAAUAAUAACUUCCAACGGUGUACUUACAGAACAUCGUAUGGUCGAAUACGUUCCCUAA